CAUGCAAACUUUUACUUCUGUAGAAUGCUUUGUCAUAUAACUGGCUUAAGAUGUGGUGUCAACAGAAAAUAAGAAAUUUUUCUUAUUUGUUUUUCAGGGGGUUUGGGAAACAAGGCUUCCAGUGCCAAGUUUGCUGUUUUGUGGUUCACAAGAGGUGCCAUGAGUUUGUUACUUUUUCUUGUCCGGGGGCAGAUAAAGGACCCGACACAGAUGACCCCAGGAGUAAGCACAAGUUCAAGAUCCACACCUAUGGCAGCCCCACCUUCUGCGAUCACUGCGGGUCCCUGCUGUACGGACUCAUCCACCAGGGGAUGAAAUGUGACACCUGCGACAUGAAUGUGCACAAGCAGUGCGUGAUCAACGUGCCCAGCCUCUGCGGGAUGGACCACACGGAGAAGCGGGGCCGCAUCUACCUGAAGGCCGAGGUCACGGAUGAAAAGCUGCACGUCACAGUACGAGACGCGAAAAACCUAAUCCCUAUGGAUCCAAAUGGGCUUUCAGAUCCUUACGUGAAGCUGAAGCUUAUUCCUGACCCCAAGAAUGAGAGCAAACAAAAGACCAAAACCAUCCGCUCCACGCUGAAUCCCCAGUGGAACGAGUCCUUCACGUUCAAAUUAAAACCUUCUGAUAAAGACCGGCGACUAUCCGUGGAGAUCUGGGACUGGGAUCGAACCACACGGAAUGACUUCAUGGGGUCCCUUUCCUUUGGGGUCUCGGAGCUGAUGAAGAUGCCGGCCAGCGGAUGGUACAAGCUGCUGAACCAAGAGGAGGGUGAGUACUACAACGUGCCGAUCCCCGAAGGCGACGAGGAAGGCAACGUGGAGCUCAGGCAGAAAUUCGAGAAAGCCAAGCUUGGCCCUGCCGGCAACAAAGUCAUCAGUCCCUCCGAGGACAGGAGACAGCCUUCCAACAACCUGGACAGAGUGAAGCUCACUGACUUCAACUUCCUCAUGGUGCUGGGCAAAGGCAGCUUUGGGAAGGUGAUGCUGGCCGACCGGAAGGGGACCGAGGAGCUGUACGCCAUCAAGAUCCUGAAGAAGGACGUGGUCAUCCAGGAUGAUGACGUGGAGUGCACCAUGGUGGAGAAGCGGGUGUUGGCCCUGCUCGACAAGCCGCCAUUCCUGACGCAGCUGCACUCCUGCUUCCAGACAGUGGACCGGCUCUACUUCGUCAUGGAGUACGUCAACGGCGGGGACCUCAUGUACCACAUCCAGCAGGUCGGGAAGUUCAAGGAGCCGCAGGCAGUGUUCUAUGCGGCAGAGAUUUCCAUCGGGCUGUUCUUUCUUCAUAAAAGAGGAAUCAUUUAUCGGGACCUGAAGUUAGACAACGUCAUGCUGGACUCGGAAGGGCACAUCAAGAUCGCGGACUUUGGGAUGUGCAAGGAGCACAUGAUGGACGGCGUCACGACCAGGACCUUCUGUGGGACCCCCGACUACAUCGCCCCAGAGAUAAUCGCCUAUCAGCCGUAUGGGAAGUCCGUGGACUGGUGGGCCUAUGGCGUCCUGUUGUACGAGAUGUUGGCCGGGCAGCCCCCGUUCGAUGGCGAGGAUGAAGACGAGCUGUUCCAGUCCAUCAUGGAGCACAACGUCUCAUACCCCAAGUCCUUGUCCAAGGAGGCCGUGUCCAUCUGCAAAGGGCUGAUGACCAAGCACCCGGGGAAGCGGCUGGGCUGUGGGCCCGAGGGCGAGCGGGAUGUGCGGGAGCACGCCUUCUUCCGGAGGAUCGACUGGGAGAAGCUGGAGAACCGUGAGAUCCAGCCGCCCUUCAAGCCCAAAGUGUGCGGCAAAGGAGCAGAGAACUUCGACAAGUUCUUCACGCGAGGGCAGCCUGUCUUGACGCCGCCCGACCAGUUGGUCAUCGCUAACAUUGACCAGUCUGAUUUCGAAGGCUUCUCAUACGUCAACCCCCAGUUCGUGCACCCCAUCUCGCAGAGCGCGGUAUGAGGUUCCCGGCCAGAAGCCUCGCUCCGGCCCCCGCCCUGCUGUGGGAAGCGACCCCCACCCUAGAGUUUGACGGCCUCGACCUUCCCUGUUCCAGGUGGAGGCCUGAAAACUGUAGGGCGGUUGUCCCUGCGCGCUGAGCUGCGUCAUCUCAGCGGAGGAUGACGUCGCGUCAGCAUCCACUUGACGUAGAGGUGACAUCUGGCGGGGGGUGACCCUUCAUGGAAAGCAAAUAGACUCUGGCCCCAUUUUUUUUUUCCUUUUUUUGGUACAAUUUGAUGUGUCUCCCAAACCCUCUGUCGAUUUUCACCAUCCGGAUUUCCGAUCAGAGAUGUUCAAAUGAACCCACAGAGCCUAGGGGGCCGGAAACACCUCCACCCUCCACGUCUUUGGAAUAAAAGAAUGGGGGUCCCAGAGCUCGAGCGAGGCAGGACUCAGGGGUUGGGGGCUUCAGAAAACCCGCUGCUUGUGUCCUCUGCCUCCACGGACGCUGUCCCCAGAACCCGAGAGGCUGAGAGAAGUCUAGCCCGGUUUGCAAGCUCACUGCUCCCAGGCGCUGACGGUUGUAACCUGCUCAUGGUUCCAGUACUGCAGCCACUGGUUUAGAAGAGGAAGAGAACCUCAGAUGGGUGUUGGGGGGCAUCUGUCAUCUUGUACCCGACUUGGUUGAUAACUGUCUUGCUACUUGCAUUUCUUUUAAGAGGCCAAAUCUUCUAAGGAGUCCACUAAAUGAGCACAAGAAUCAGAUCAAGGACAGACCAGUGUGUGUGUGUGUGUGUGUGUGUGUGUGUAUGUGUGACAUUCAUGAUCUCUGGGAGAUGACUCUGGAUCCAGGGUGCCAUCAGCCAUCAUGCCACUACUCACAGUGUUGUUAGCCAACCCCGUCCACACACUGCUAUUUCACUGCCUGCUGCCUGGGAAGUGGAAGUGUACGCCCCACCCCUUUUGUACUUAUUUAUUGAACCAGCUGUGGUGUCCGUGAGAGUACGAUGUACAGUCAGCUCACCCAGGGUGGCUCCAGCCGCAGCCCCAGGACCCAGUCCCCCGUCCCCAUCUUCUGAGAUGAACAGCAGUACAGUUUCGGUCCCCUGGUUCCCCACACCUGUAGAGUCAGGAAACCUGGAUGCAUUUCAGCUCAGAGAGGUUUCAUUGCUGAGAGGAUUUUAAUAUGUUUUGCAAAUGCAUCAUGCAAUGAACUUUGCAUGUUUAUAAUAAACCUUAAUAACAAGUGAAUCUA